AUGAAAGACGAAGAAAGAAGGCCUGAAGCCAGUAACGCGGGCGAACGCGAAGUCGCCCAGGCGCCACCAUCUGAAGAUGAGCUCCCAAAGCCAACAGUACUCCGCCAGGUGAUGAUCGUCACCGCAGGCUUCAUAACCAUGUUCAUGACCUGCGCCAUCAUAUUCACCUACGGUGUAUACCAAGCCAUCUACGAAGAAAUGGCCAAAGAACCCAACACUCCAUUCACGGGGACCUCAUCCUCAAUUAUCAGUUUAAUCGGCACGCUAGCCAUAGCAAUCAUGUCCAUGGGCGGGCCCUUCAUCAUGACCUGGGCGAAAAUCUACGGUCCCCAACCUGUCAUCAUGGUCGGCGGCGUAGUCUUCGGACUUGGCUGCAUCCUCGCCAGUCUAAGCGAGUAUGUGUGGGAAUUCGUUCUGACGCAAGGUCUUCUCGUCGGACUGGGCACUUGUAUGGCAUACGUGCCGACAAUGUCCGUUGCCCCGACCUGGUUCGAUAAACGCCGUGGUCUAGCGAUGGGGAUAGUGAUUUCCGGCUCAGCGUGCGGAGCUAUGAUCUGGCCGCCUGUGUUAAGGGCUAUUACCUCGUCGAUCGGAUUUCGAAAUGCGUUGCGGAUCUCGGGUUGUUUGGUUGUGUUGUUUGUGCCGUUGGCGGGCUUUGCGUUAAGGUGGGAGCCGAAUUUCAAAGCGAAGGUGCGGGGACAGGUUGCUGGGCUGUCGAAGACGACGGGUUGGCUUAAGGUGCCGCUUGUGAAUUGGCAGGUGGCCAAGUCGAAGAAGUUUGUUGCGCAGGCGCUGGGCUGUUUUUUGCAGUCGGCUGGAUAUGCGACGCCGUUGUUCUUUUAUGCGGCGUUUGCGCGAUCGUUGGGUUAUAGUGAUACUAUGGGGGAUAAUUUUAUUACGAUUAGCAAUGCGUCGAACUUUGUGUCGCGAAUUGCUGUGGGUUAUGCAGCGGAUAAGCUUGGGAGGUUGAACGUGCUGCUUUUCACGACGAUUAUGAGUUCGGUGGUGGUCUUUGCGUUUUGGUUGCCUGCUACUUUUGCGGGGACUACUGUCUCGCAAACUUCUGCUGACGGCUUGUUUAUCAUGUUCACGAUCGCUUAUGGGUGCUUUGGUAGUGCCUAUAUUGCCUUGUUCCCUGCGAGUCUGAUUGAGUUAUUCGGCGUCCAGCACUUUACUUCGGUAAACGGCGCUCUGUAUCUCAUUCGAGGCAUGGGUGCGCUUGUUGGAACACCAUUGACCGGACUGUUGUUGCCCGGGCAGUCGGCUCUGUCUGCUCCUUUCAACUACGAGAGAGCAACCAUCACAGUUGGAGUGUUGCUCUUCGCAGCUAGUAUGGCAACUCUCUGGGUGAGAAUCACCGGCGCGGCCGGGAAAGCCUGGACAUGGAAGCUGUAA